GAAAGACCUCUAUGUCGAAUUAAAAAAGAACUAGACUUUAAAGGAGUUUUUAGAAUAGUAACGUUACUUCUAGCGUACCUGGUAUUACAUCUGUGUUGACUAGAUUCAAAUUAUUUUGUAUAUGAACAAUGAUAGCUACUUCAUGGAUGUUUAAUUCAAAUAUAUUGAAUACAUCAAUCUUGCGAAGCAGUGGUAUAUUUGUCUAUACCAAAAAUUAUUUAACAUGCAUGUUUUUGUUUACUGCAUAAUAUUUGCAAUUUAGUGUUAUCAGUACUUCCCAAUAGGAUAUUACAAUACGUUAGGCAGCUAUGUAUGAAAAAGAAAUAUAAAUUGCUUAAACAAUGGAGGUUUAGACAUGGUUUAGAAUGGGUAGAUGCAUCAGUGCCGUCAGAUAUUUAAAAAAGUGGGAAAAUGAUGGUCAGUUAUGUCAGUUUCUAUUACCCCAGUUUCAAUGUCAACACCGUCGUGAAAAAUAUUAGCAAUUAUGUGGUUAAUUCACGUUACAGAAGUUUCGGUAAUCCUUGUUGGUUUGUAAUGGUAGAAAAUUGAUUGUUUUGCACAUGGUAAUUAGUAUAUUUUUAGUAUGUUUCAUAAGGACUUGCAUUCUGUAUUGUUUUUCCUUAAAUUGUCGUGCAAUAUAUAAUCAAGUGAGUUAUGAAUAAAGACACACACGCGCCACAACUAAAACGACAACUGGAACCACUCAAUAGUUUUUUCAUGGAACUUUAGACUAUUUUUCAAACACUGUUUCAACUUUGAUUAUUCUUUGUUUAAAUAUUUUUAUAUUAGCGAUAAUAAUUUUUGUAAACGCUUCUUCUUGUUCUUUAAGAAGCGCUUGUGUGUGUUCCAUCAUUGAUUGUCUUUUGCUAAAAGCUUUUCAAUAUUUUCCAUUGUAACAACCACUGUAAUAUGUAUAAAUUAAAUACAAAUAAAUUUGUGUAUAAUUAUUAAUACGAAGUUAGUAUUUCGUAUUUAGAUAUUGUAUUAUUAUAUUAUAUAUAUUAUAUUAUAUCAAGGAAGCGAGAAAAAACACGUUUGAACUUAUAGACAUUGCUCAAAACCACAACAGUAAACUUCAAACUUUUCUUAGAAUUUCUUUGUGUUCAUUGUUUUAUAAAAAUCAUGAGAUCAUAUUAUGAGAAUCCUAUGAUCACAAAAUAUAAAUUCCAGCAUAACCAAAAUGCAAAAGAGUGUUUAUCACCAACACAAGAACUGGCAAUAAAGAGUUAUCAUAUAAGAGGUAUGGUCGAGUUUUCUGAUCAGAAACUAUGCAUUGGAAACGAAAACGUGGUUGUUGAAGAAAAUCUAUCAUUUAGACAAUUGGACAUGUUAAAUAACAACGUGAUUCAGAACUUGGGAAAGAGAUUUACGGUAGAAAUAAAAGUUAAAGAAAAGCAAAAAGUGAUAAGUACUACGGGAAUGGAGAGUGCUGUUGAAGAGGUGAAAGCCGAAUUACUAAAAGAAGUAAUUAACAUAUUUGAGAACGGGACGAAAUCUGUUUUCUUUGUUGGCAUGUCUGACGAGGAUGAGCUAGUUAUUGAGCAACUAUUCGGAUCUACUGGGAUUAGAAGCUACAACGCCUCUUUAGGGAAUGAAGUGAGAUUUCAAAGUAUCCCUGGCUUAAAGAAUCGAUUAUUGACAAUCUUUAACAAAGCCAAAUCUUGCAUGGUGGAUGCAGAUACCACUGUGUCGACCGAAGUGUCCAUAAUGCAGUUGAAAAAUCCUGGUGUUUACAGAAUUAAAAACGUAUUAGAGACACCAGGUUCUAUAUACGUCAGAAGUUUUCCAGGCAAUUACCUUCAACAACUAAUCCAAGAUUAUCAUCUAAUUCAUGAAGAGCCAAUCCGACAUGACUUACGCAUUAAGAUAAGUGACACUGGUGAGAUAAUAAUAUAUCGAAUGCAUGUAAUAGGGAAAAGGGACACAGUUUUAAUUUUGGGGAAGAUAACGAUGAAGAUUAUCCAAAAAUUAAAAUCGGUCCAGGAUAUAUUCUUUAUCCGGUUAAAGAGAGUACUUGCUUUCAGUUAAUAAAUCCUGGUAAAGAGAGAUUAAUAAAAGUGUUUAUAACAGUACGUUCUGGGGCUACUUGCGAGUAUAAAUGUUUUAUUCUAAAGCACAGAAAAUCUUUACAUAAUUUUUUCCAACAUAUUCAUUUGCGAGGUAAUGGUAUAUUCAUUCCACAACCUCCCUGUACUACUCUGUUGUUAGAUAUCAUGUGAGUCAAAAGGUGAUAUUCUUAUUAGCCAAUGGACAUGAAUAAUGCAGUGAGGAAUGUCAACGCAAGGAUAGACAGUUUACACAUGAGCAUGCAAAACCUCCAUACACUCGACUCACGCAUGUUAACAAAGAGUUAAAUGAUAAAUUUAAAGAGAAAGUGUGGAAUGAAGAGAAAUUACUCUCACUGGUUGAGGAGUCUCUUAUAGAGAUCGACCAGUACUCAAAAUUAGAAGAAUAGACUAAAGUUAUGUCUGUUCCUUUUGUAUGUUUGUAUUUGCGUAUUACAGUUAUAAGAGAAAGAUAUCAGAAACUCUAUAAUAUAUAAAUCUCUUAACUUGCUAUCGGUUAUAGAGUAGCAUAUCAAAUGAACAUAAAUUAUAAUGAAUUAUAACGAUCAAUAUGAAGUCAAACAACAACAUUAAAUGUGUAUUUUAUUUUAUUGUAAUACUAGUUAUUAAAACCCGUGGAAGAAUCCACUGAAAUUGGUGUGCUUCUUAUCACAAUAAGUUUUGUUGAUAUUUUAUUAAGAAAACUGAAAUGUUUUGUAUGCUUCUUAUCACAAAAUGAUUUUCAUUUUAAAGACGCAAAGAAUUAAACUUUUGAACGAAAUUGACAACUCAUGUUUUUACGAACCAAAAAAAAGGAAAAAAGACUGAUCAUUUAUUCUUCCUCAGAGGAGGAAUGAAGUAAACAUAUUUCAUAGUUUUAAUUUUGUAUAUAUAUAGGUGAAUAUUUAUCAUAGCACAUCCGUAUUUCAUUCUCAACAGAGUAUGCUUCACCCCGGUCAGACCCCUGAUCAUGACGGGCGAGUAUAAUGCGGAUCGAAUGGGGACCGCGGAUCGAAUCCCGCUCACUGCUUGGCAUUAUGUUAGUGAUGAAAAAAGUAGUUCUUUUUAAUUUGGUGUUGUGAUAAGAUUAUAUUUUUACUGUUGCAUAUGUUUACUUGUCGUUUAAAAGAAUUACUGUUGCUUUUGGAUUCAUACCCAUAAAUACUUAUUUUC